AUGUCGUCCGCAUCCAAUUCUCCGCCUGAGCAGGAACAACAUGUGUUGUCCAACCCGACCAGUCAAGAUAUUUCCGUGGUUGCCUCGUCCGCAACUUCAGUCGACGAAUCGUGGUCAACUCAAGACAAGACCUCACUGCUAAAGCCCCGUCAUCAAAUUGCUGAACAGCUGUCCGGGCUGUUCUCUGAAUCCGCGGCAGCAAAGAUCCUGAAAGUCGCCAUUGAACUCCUCGAUCACGGGAAAGCACCCGCAGACUAUCCAGAAUGGACUCCAGAAGAUGGAGAUACUCCCGGUCGAUACAACUGCCGCGAGGUUGUAUUCUGGACGUGCGGAUUCUUCCCAGGCAGUUUAUACUGUUUACUUGAACGAAGCAUGAAAUUCCCCAAGUACUGUCACUCACCAGACGGCAACUACAAUGCCUUCCACGAGGAUUUGCUUCGGCUGUGUCGCACUUCGGCUACUCCUUUGCACCAAAUGGCUAACCGCACGAACACACAUGAUCUCGGAUUCAUCACGCAGCCGGCACUGCGAAAGGACUGGGAGUUGACUGGAAAUCGCGAAAGCUUAGCGUCGUUAAUUAGAGCGGCAGAUAAUCUUGCAUCCCGAUAUGAUGAUAGAAUGAAGGCUGUCCGAAGCUGGGACAAGUCGAUCAGCAAGCGAUACAACUACACUGACAAGAAGACAAACUUUUUGGUCAUUGUGGACAGCAUGUGCAACAUUGACUUGUUAUUCAACAUUGGUCACCUUACUUCAAAUCAGCGAUUGAUCGAUAUCGCGAUUGAUCACGCCCACUUUGUUCGCAAGAAUCUCAUACGAGAGGACUCAUCGACGUGGCACGUAGUCAAUUUCGAUCCGCGAAACGGCGAACUAAAGAGCAAGCACACUCAUCAAGGGUAUAGUGAUGGGUCAACAUGGUCGAGGGGCCAAGCGUGGACUAUUCUAGGUUUCGCACAGACAUAUGUCUGGACAAAGAAACAAGAGUUCCUAGACACGGCAAUCCGGUUGUCUGAUCAUUUCUUGGGUCGCCUUCGAUGCGCAAAACACGCACAUCCUUUUGUGCCUCUGUGGGACUUUGAUGCUCCUGUGUCUGCGACGCAGCCUCUGCGUGAUUCUUCUGCAGGGAUGAUCGCUGCAAACGGCCUGCUCCUCUUGCAUCAAAUCAUUGGUAGUACUUCACCAUAUCUGGAUGAGGCUUUGCGCAUCGCAAGCGACACUAUUGCUUUAUGUCAAGCCAAUGAUCAGGCAAGGGUACUUAUGGGCGACGAUGGAAAGAUUAAGACUGAGGGUGUGACGUUUGACUCUAUCCUGAAGCAUGCAACUGCCAAUAACAACGAGUAUGCUGUGAUGAGAUAUUGCGACCAUGGACUGGUGUAUGCGGACUAUUACUUUUUGGAGUUUGGGAACCAGCUGCUGAGAAUGGGGAUGGUGUGA